AUGCAAGGGCGAUUCGAGGAGGAAACACCUUCUCUAUUCACAUCCAGAAGUUGAAAUGAUGAGGAUUCCAUGUCUACUACGUCCAUUACUCGGAUGGUUUUUUGGAUUAUGUAUUUUAUUUUCUGCUCUCUUCGGAAACUAUAUUAUCACAUUAUUUCUUGGGCUUCCGAUACUUGGAAGGCACAAACAAUGGCGAAAUCUGAUGGAUCGUGCAAUUUCCUAUUGGAUGACAAUUCCUAUGGGGUUGCUCGAAUUUCUGAUGGGUGUAAGGAUACGUGUCAGUGGAGAUGAAAUUGAAUUCGGAAGUCCUGCAAUGAUUGUUAUGAAUCAUAGAACACGACUUGAUUGGAUGUACAUGUGGUGUGCACUUUAUCAAAUCAAUCCAUGGCUCAUCACUUCCAAUAAAAUUUCAUUAAAAGCUCAACUGAAGAAGCUUCCUGGUGCAGGAUUCGGAAUGGCUGCUGCACAAUUUGUAUUCCUUGAACGUAAUGCAGAAGUUGAUAAAAGAUCAUUCGAUGAUGCUAUAGACUAUUUCAAGAAUAUCGAUAAAAAGUAUCAAAUCUUGUUGUUUCCUGAAGGUACUGAUAAAUCAGAAUGGACAACAUUGAAGAGUCGAGAGUUUGCAAAAAAGAAUGGACUUCGUCAUUUGGAUUAUGUUUUGUAUCCCAGGACAACUGGUUUCUUGCAUUUAUUGAACAAAAUGAGAGAACAAGAAUACGUUGAGUACAUCUACGACAUUACAAUUGCUUACCCUUACAAUAUUGUACAAUCUGAGAUAGAUUUGGUCUUAAAAGGAGCAAGUCCACGAGAAGUCCAUUUUCAUAUUCGAAAAAUUCCAAUUUCACAAGUUCCACUUAACGAGCAGGAUGCAAGUAGAUGGUUGACAGAUCGAUGGACGAUUAAAGAACAACUACUUCAUGAUUUCUACAGUGAGGAACAACCGAUAAAUCGACAGUUUCCUGUUGAACGAGGAGAUGGAGUUUGGAGAAGUUGGAAAGAACCAAGAAGGCAUUUUUAUGUGAAACUCACUUCCUUGAUGUUUUGGACACUUGUAAUCUCAUUUUGCUCUUAUCAUAUUUUCUUCGUGAGGACUCUACAGCUUGGAUUUCUCUACUUUUUUGUUAUCAGUUUUUAUCUCAGUUGGAGAUACGGUGGAAUCGAUAAAUAUAUAAUUUUCAAGUGGCAGGAAUCACGAAAAUCUUUGCAAAAGUCGCCAUCAUCUUCUUCUAUAUAAUUUCAUAUUUUUUUAAAUCUUUCUCGACUAGUUUUUUUAAUUCAAAAGUUUUGUUUUAUUUUCAUUCACUUGACACACUUCCGAGAGACUCAUUCGUUUAAUAUCAUCGGGUAUUUUCAUCGAAAUAAAUAUUUCCUACACUUAAU